AUGAAAGCGGUUGUUCACGGUCUCUCCAUCUGCAUUGAACAAGGUUUCUCCAAAAUUGAGGUUAAGAGCGACUCCCUAUCUGUGGUGAAUAUUUUUUCCAAAGCUACCACCCAUCCUUGGUAUGUGAUUUACUGGAAAUACCAAUUUGACUGUAUUAGUUCUGCGGGUGAUAUUUCCAUAAGGUACAUCCCUCGUGAGGCUAACAGGGUGGCUGACAGUCUAGCCCGCUGGGGUAGUAACAAUCAGCAGAAUAAGAUUUUUCGGGUGCCUUCUGAUCUCCUCCCGCCCCUUUUCCGUGGGGAGCUCGUCCUUGAUAGGAUAGGGAUUGGCAUGGUUCCCAGGGUGAAGAGGAACUGGUUUAGUAGAUUGCCAUCAUAUACCCAGCCACAGUUACCUGCCAUCUCUUCGGUGGGUCUUCCCAUCUCUACAGGACAUGCAGAAAUUGAGAAAAGCGAUAAGGUGCCGUUAACAGAGAUUCAGCUAAAUUCACGAGAAGGGACUCUCAUUCCCUCGCCCAUGUCUGAUCCUGUGAGCAACAUAGCUAAAUCCACUGACAAGGAAAACAGCUCAAUAGCUGAAGAUAUAUUUGGGGUGAACAAAGUUGAGACACAAUGCCUAAUGGAGCUAGAGGCGGCCCCAGAAACUGCAGGUAGGAUGCGAGAUAAGGUGACAGCUGAAUUAGAGAUUGAUCUAUCUCCCUAUUUUAUGGCAGAUAAUGAUCAAGAUCAGCACAAGGAUCAGAGUGGUGUUUCUGACGAAUUCUGGAACCUGAUUCUAGAUGGUAAUCAGUCUCAAAAGGACCCACAGUUGUUUGAUAAAGAAGGAUCAAUAAGGAAGUUCAAAAGGCACAGAAUUCUCUAUGAGAAAGGAAAUUGGACGUCAAGGCUUCGACAAUUAAAGAGGAGGGCCGUGAAUACCGUGGCUCUUCUUGAGCCUAUGCUGGGUGAUGAGAAGCGGAUUAGAACGGGUCUGGCUUUGGGUCUUCACUCCUCCUCAAAUGGUUCGGAGGGUGGAAAGAUUUGGAUUUUCUUCAAGUCGGUUGUUUCUUGCUCGGUUCUAUUCAAGUCUGACCAAUGUCUUUCCAUUUUGGUAGAUAUGCAGAACUGCUCUCUCCCCCUGCAUAUUACUUUCGUCUAUGCUAGGUGUGUCAGGAUAUUAAGGAGAGCGCUCUGGUCGGACUCGGUUGCUCUCUCCUCUUCGAUGCAAGGUCCAUGGACCGUUUGUGGCGACUUCAACGCAAUGGUUAAUGAUUCUGAAAGGAGAAGUAGGAGGGUUGUGGACAGGGCAUCCUCUACUGAAUUUGCAGAUGCCAUCCAUGCUGCGGGUCUCCAAGAUGCGGGGUUUUCUGGCAGUAGGUUUUCUUGGAACAACAAUCAGGCAGGUUCCUCCCGUGUUUGGGCUAGGCUCGACCACGCUUUUAUCAAUGUUCAUUGGUCUAUGGUUUUCCCACAGUUUCUGGUCUCCCAUUUGCCCCGUACUCAAUCUGACCACGCGCCCUUUCUUCUCAGUUUUCCAUUGCGACAGAAUGGGGGGCCAAAACCUUUCCGUUUUCAAAGGAUGUGGACGCAGCAUGAGUCCUUUUUGCUGGUGGUUAAAUCAGCCUGGGAGAAGGUGGAGUCUGCUCAUCCUAUGUAUAACGUGUUGGCGAAGCUUAAGCAGGUGAAACUUGACCUUAAACAUUGGAAUAAGGAGGUGUUUGGUAACAUCUUUGAGCAGAUAAAGACGGCGGAAAGGGACAUGUGUGAUCUAGAGAACAAGUUGCUUCAAGUCUCAAGUUCGGUGGAGCAGUCCAGCAGAAUUCAGCAGCAACUCAGUUCAACUUCCGACCGGUUAGCUUCUUUGGAACUGAUGGAGGAGAUUUUUUGGAAGCAGAAAUGGCGGGUGGAUUGGCUGACAGAGGGUGAUAAAAACACGAAGUUUUUCCAUACCACUGCAACGGAGAGACAACGUAGAGCGCUUAUCCAUCCGGUGGAAUUGGAUACCAGCCACAUAAUGGAGGACCAGGAGGAGUUGAAGGCUGCAGCGGCGGCUCGUUUCCAACAAAUUUUCAGUGCAGCUGAUUGUCAGAUGGAUUAUAAUCUGCUCCAAUGCAUUCCUAAUAUCGUCACCCCGGCUCAAAAUGAGAGCUUACUAGCUCCCCCCUCCAUGUUGGAAGUGCACGCAGUGGUCCAAUCCAUGCCAAUUGACAGUGCGGCAAGUCCUAAUGGGUUUUCUGCUAGUUUUUUCAUCUCGUGCUGGAAUGUGAUUGGCCAGGAUAUACAUAACGCCAUCUCUUUUAUCUUCAAAGGUGGUAAUAUUCCGAGGUCAGCAACAUCUUCAUUCAUUUGUCUUAUUUUGAAAUCAGCUUCUCCUAGGCGUUUUUUGGACUUCCGUCUGAUCAGUUUAUCAGAAAAUAUAGCCUUGGCACAGGAACUCUUCGAGGAUUUGAACAAGCUAGUCCGCUGUGGGAAUAUAGUGUUAAAGCUUGAUUUGGACAAGGCUUAUGAUAGAGUAAAUUGGGACUUCUUGAUUCUGGUGCUUGAACGGUUUGGUUUUUGCAAAGCCUGGAUAAAGAUCGUCAAAAAAUGUUGGGUGAAUAGUUGGUUUUCAGUUCUGAUAAAUGAGGAGAUGACAGGCUUUUUCAAAUCAUCGAGGGGAUUACGGCAAGGAGAUCCAAUUUCGCCAAGUCUAUUCAUUCUUUCAGCUGAGGUCAUGAGCAAGAGUCUGAAAUGCAUGAUCAACCAGCAGGUUUGUCGUCUUUUCGCGCUUCGUAGAGGGUGUCCUGUUGUCUCACAUUUGCUAUAUGCGGAUGACACCCUCAUCUUCACAAAUGGGGGCAAGCGGUCGCUUCAGGCUUUGAAGAACUUCUUGGAUUCCUUUCAAGCUUCCUCGGAAGGGAAAGAAAAAUGUCAUUGGAAGACCUGGAAAGUGCUGGCUUCGCCUAAGGAAGAGGGUGGAAUCGGGAUUAGAAGGCUUACGGACAUCAUGACAGCCUUUCAGCUCAAAAUGGCAUGGGUAAUCAGGUUUGGGAGGGAAAUUAAUGUCUGGAAGUACUUCAUGGCGGCCAAGUACCAUCUAGAUUUAAGUCCCACCUUGUCGGAUCAGCCUACACGCCUGUCCUCUCCUUUAUGGAAGUGGAUUUUGGACCUCAUCCCAUUCGUCGAUUCCCGAGUGCUAUGGCAAAUCGGUGAUGGUAAGUGUAAUUUCUGGCAGACGAACUGGACAGGUUUAGGGCUGCUUUCGCUGCUCAUUCAACCUGAGGUGCUUGUCGAAUUGCAAGACCUGGAGGUGUGUAACGUGCUUGGCCCGGUGGGUCCCUUCCCCCCCUCUUCUGCGUGGCUCCUCCUCCCUCAGGGUGUGAUUGAUCAGAUUUUUCACGCCAGUUUCUGCAUUGGAGGGGAUUCGGACACGCCAAUCUGGCCUUUCACCCUAGAUGGGGAUUUUUCUAUUAGAUCUGCUUGGGCAUUGAUGCAGUCUCGAGGCGUUCAGCUUGCUUCCAGAUGUGUCUGUUGCACCUUGCAAGGUUCUCAAGUUCCCUCUAUUCAUGCACAAGAAUCGGCUCUUCAUUUAUUCAUUGCAAGCAAGUUAGCACAGCGAGUGUGGUAUGAGAUCGAUAGGGAUUUUCAGAUUGCUGUCAUGGAGGCUUUGUCGAUUGAAGCUCGGCUUCAACAGUGGUGGGCGGUGGUCUUGUCAAAGCCAAGGAGAAGUCUAAUCCAGAUGCUUACGCCUUGCAUCAUCCUUUGGGAGAUUUGGAAAGCUCGAAAUGCAGCGACAUUUGAUUUGGCAGUGGUGUCCGCGGAGUCAGUUUCUGGUAAAAUCAGGUGGUGGAUGGCUCGUAUUUCUGGCUCAACGGCAGGUGCCUGUAAAGCUACCGUGGGUAGACAGUGCCGUCAGCAGUUAUCUCAGGCGCAUUCUGGUUUUGAUUUUGGGGGACGAGCCUUCGUAGUGAAGUGGGAGAGGCCUCCGCAUGGUUAG